AUGGUUUUAGUUCAAAAUUAUAGACCAAUCAAAUUGGUGAUUGUAGGUGAUUCAGGUGUUGGCAAGACAUGCAUGUUGAUAACUCAUUGUUCAAAGUCAUUUCCAACAGAAUAUAUUCCAGUGGUUUUCGAUAACUAUACUGAUUCUUCGAGUGUUAUUACGGUCGAUGGUUUCAGAGUUUCACUUGGCUAUUGGGAUACUACUGUAGGUCGUGCUGAAUACGAUAGAAUAAGAGUGCUAUGUUAUCCAUCGACCGAUCUAUUUCUGAUAUGUUUCUCGGUUGUCAACCAAGAAUCAUUUGCAAACGUCAGUGGUAGGUGGUAUCCAGAGAUAAGACAACAUUGUCCAGAUACACCAUUCAUUUUGGUCGGUACUAAAUCGGAUUUGACAACGGACAGCGAAACAUUGGAGAUUCUUGCAUCGAGAGAACAAACAGUUGUCACCCCAGAGCAAAUAGAAUAUGUUACUGAACAUCUUGGUGCGAUUGAAUACUUUGAAUGCUCAGCACUUAUAAAUUAUGGAUUGCAACCAAUCUUUGACAAAGUAAUACAAACUGUCUUGUAUCCACAAUACUCAAAGAAAAAUAGCUCAAAAUGUACAAUUUUGUAA